GUACUUUCGCAGUUUCCUCGCGGUGUCGACUCGUCAGAGUGUUCACAUUUCAACCGUGUUCAGUGUUUCUUUGCGCUUCGCUCGUGCGUCAUCGUGCGUUUCGGUCGUGUGACUCGGUUCGUUGGGGACACGGAGAGAGGAAACCAGAGGCAAGGCCGGCUCGCGAGUUAAAUUUCCAGUGUGCUACGCGGAUUGACCAUCAUCACUGUACUUUCGAAUAUCGUGAAGAAAAUGGCUGAAAGCAAGGGUGCGAUGAUCGCGAAGUCGGUGCAAAAACACGCAGGCAGAGCGAAGGAGAAGUUUCUACAAAAUCUGGGCAAAGUGGACAGGACCGCGGACGACAUAUUCGACGAGCAUCUGCAAAACUUUAUGAGACAGCAAAACGCAGCGAACAGGUUGCAGAAAGAGUUCAACAAUUACAUCAGGUGUGUUCGAGCGGUUCAGGCAGCGUCGAAAACCUUGAUGGAUUCGCUGAACGAGAUCUACGAGAGCCAAUGGACCGGGCACGAUCUUCUGUACGUGCAAGCUCAAAAUCUGGACAUGCUGUGGCAAGACUUUACUCAUAAACUAGCGGACCAAGUUCUCGUGCCUCUCAACACAUAUCAAAGCCAAUUUCCAGAGAUGAGGAAAAAGAUCGACAAACGUGGACGGAAGCUGGUAGAUUACGACAGCCAAAGACACAAUUUCCAGUCGCUGCAGUGCAAUCCUAGGAAACGAGACGAACUGAAAGUUUCUAAAGGAAAAGAGAUGCUGGAGGAGGCUAAGCGUACAUACGAGCAACUGAAUUCGGAAUUGCACGAUGAGCUGCCCGCCUUAUAUGACUCGCGCGUUCUUUUCCUCGUUACCAAUUUGCAAACGCUAUUCGCCGCUGAACAAGUGUUUCACAGCGAGAGUGCCAAGGUUUAUUCCGAGUUAGAGGCAAUCGUUGAUAAAUUGGCUAACGAGAGUCAAAGGGGAUCGUACACGUUGAAGAAGAACACGGAACCACAGUCUCCAAAAUCACCGAACGCCAAUUCCGCUUUAAUAAUCAACACGCAGCCGGCGCAGAAUAAUAUAUCUCCAGUCGUGGAUGACGAUUCCGCUCCUGCAGUGAGAAACACAUCGCCAACUACACAAUUAAACGGCAAUGCUAACAGCAAUGCUAACAGCAAUGAUAAUUCCGUGAAUAAUCAAGACGUGUCUCCGCAAACCACGGUCGCAGCUACCACCAAGCAGCACAGAGUGGAAGAGCUAUACGAUAUUCCAGUUGAGGUGGAAUAUGAAAAUGGUACCAAUUUCUCUGUAGGGGCGACGACCGACAACUUGCCACCAGGGGUAUUGUACAGAGUCAAGGCCACUUACAAAUACAGACGCGAGGACGCGGAUGAGUUGUCAUUCGACGUGGGCGAUAUUAUUCGGGUGGUGGAGUACGAUGAUCCGGAAGAACAGGAACAAGGUUGGCUAAUGGGCAUCAAGGAAGGUACGAACGAGAAGGGUAUGUUCCCGGCGAAUUUCACGAAACCACUGUGAGGACUCUACCAAAUUCGUUCGUUACACUUCGAUGCUCACUCACUGCGUAACGACGUCGUAUUCUACGCGAAGAAUACCCAGUUGCAAUCACGUACGUUCAAAGUGAGAAUCUCGCGCAGUCAUCCGAGAUACAUUCGAUCAGAUACGUAUGGAAAUAACGGAUGGAAAAAAGCUAAGAUAAGACAUGGAAACGGAAUAAAAAAAAAUAACGCAUAUAUACAACGAGAAGGGGACAAAAAAUACACGAAACGG